AAAUCCCUCGCAGCGACCUCGUUGCGCGCACUCUGUAGAGGCUGAUCAGAACACCCCUCUUGCCACGCCCACCAUGGCCUCAGACAAGCCUUCGGUCCUGAUAAUAGGCGGACUAGGCUACUCCGGACGACACCUUUGCAAGUACCUCCACGACAACAACCUCGCCUCACAGAUUCGCAUCGUCGACAAACACCUGCCCGAGCUGGCAUGGCUUGCACCAGAGUUCAAGGAAGCAUGCUCAAGAGAGCGCUUCAUCCAGGCUGACGCGGCGCAAGAACGUUCUCUUCCUCGCAUAUUCGACCGUGAAGAAGAGGGCGAGUUUGACUACGUCUUCAACUGUGGCGGCGAGACUCGCUUUUCCCAGGAAGAAAAGGUCUAUGAGCUGCGCUCCUACGGCCUCUCCAUGGCCAUCGGCCGCGAGGCUGCAAAACGCAAAGUGAAAUGCUUCGUCGAGGUCAGCAGCGGCAUGGUCUACAAGCCCGAACCCACACCCCGCAAGGAGACGGACAAGUUGAAACCUUGGUCAAAUCUGGCAAAGUGGAAGCUCAAGGCUGAGGAGGACCUGGCCAAGGUCGAAGGCUUGAACCUCGUUGUUAUGCGCAUGGCCCAUGUCUACGGCCCCUACACGAGCAAGUUUCUGAGCACGGCGCUGUGCAUGGCAAGGGUAUACCAAAGCAAGGGCAAAGAGCUGCGUUUCCUGUGGAAAGAAGACCUGCGGACAAAUCUGGUCCAUGUCGAGGACUCGACAAGAGCGCUGUGGCAUGUUGCGCAGUGGUACGUCAAAGGACCCCCUGCCCGCCGGCCAACGCCAACUUUCAACAUUGUGGACCAUGGCGAUACUACACAAAAACACACAGCACAGAUCAUAGGCGAGAUCUUCAAGAUCGAGACGGGCUUCCACGGCACACUCAUCUCGGCCUUUGCACGACUAAACCUCGAUCAUGUUGUUGACGAUGUCAAUGACGAAACGCUGGACCCGUGGGCAGAUCUGCAAGCAAAGGCCGGCAUCAGUCAGUCUACACCGCUGACACCCUAUAUGGAGAAGGAGUUGCUGAAAGAUGCUGAUCUCUGCUUGGAUGGCAGUGCAUUCGAGCGGGAAACGGGAUUCACAUACAACGUGGAGCGGAUUACCAAGGAGAAGGUGGAAGAAGUUAUCGAGAGCUACAAGAGGAUGGGCUGGUGGCCGUAGCUUUACCGCCCCUCGAUCCCCUCCCUUAAGCCCUCAGCCUCUUUUGCCAUAUCACAUUCCAACGAUACCCUUUCUUCUUGCCACUGACUCCUUCCUUUCUUUGGCCAUCUCUCUCUCCACACACCGCCUUGUUGUUUACUUGGUGUCUCACAGCUCAAGUCAUUGCAACUCCCCGACUUUAUAUCUCUGCUUAUACCCCUCAUCUGUCUGCAACCAGCCAACCGUUAAUGAAAAUCACAAAAAAAAACAUGUCACAAAACUUGUCUUUUUCACAAUAACC